AUGACGGGCAAAGGAGGGACGAUUCUCGUUUCGGAUCUUCCAAUGAUGUAUCCAAGCGACUUACUGCGAUUUGAGAGGGAAGGUGGUGUGUGGGGCAGACAGUGGCAGGUGCGACGCAAGCAGUUAACAUUCGCAGUGGCAACCGCCACUUUCUCGACGGUGCUUGGAAGUUACUACGUCGUCUCACGCUGCAACACGGGGUUUGUCCUGUUCAGUACCUUCAGUGGCUUUACUGUUUUGGGGUUCUGCGUUGGCUCCGCUCUCUCGUCGGCGUUUUACCCGAAUGUCGCAAGCAACAGGGAGACAUCCAUGAUGCGCCGCGUGUGGUGGGCGAAGGAAUGCGCCAAGAAUUGGGACUACUCGCAGGUGAACGAGGGAAUAUGGAAGGCGAAGUACCCGCAUGUGCCGGUCCCAAGGAAGGAGGGACGGUGA